GGGGGGACAUUCAUCGCACCCCGGUGCGGAGCGGGGCAUCCCCCGCAGCCCAUCCCGGCGCGGGCGCUCCCGAUGGAGACCGAGGGUUACCGCUGCCGCAGCAGCCGCUACAUCGAGAGUGGGCAGUCGGCCGUGCCCAGCUCGGUGCUGUUCGCCGCCGGCCUUUUGGGGAACGUCCUGGCGCUGCUGCUGCUGGGCCAGCACCGCCGGCGGUCCCGGUCGCCCGGGGGCCGCCCGCCGCGGGUGUCGGCGUUCUACGUGCUGGUCACCGCGCUGGCGGUCACCGACCUGCUGGGCAAGUGCCUGAUCAGCCCCAUCGUGCUGGCAGCCUACGCCUACAACCGCAGCCUGAGCGAGCUGGGGCCGGGGGGCCGCGGCGAGGACCAGCCGGGGGUGCUCUGCCAGCUCUUCGCCUUCCUCAUGGCCUUCUUCGGGCUGGCCCCCACGCUGCUGCUGCUGGCCAUGGCUCUGGAGUGCUGGCUCUCCCUGGGCCACCCCUACUUCUACCGGCGGCACCUGACCCGCCGCCUGGGUGCCACGCUGGGGCCGGCGGCCGCCGGGCUGUGCGCGCUGUUCUGCGCCCUGCCCCUGCUGGGCUUCGGGGCGCCCAUGCAGUACUGCCCGGGCACGUGGUGCUUCAUCCGGAUGGCCGGCGGUGGCCCGGGCCAGCUGGGCUUCCCCGUGCUCUACGCCAGCCUGAUGGGCUUGUUGGUGCUGGCCAUCGUGGCGUGCAACGUGAGCAGCAUGCGGCACCUGUACGGCAUGGCCCGGCGGCAGCCCCGCCGCGGGGCGCCCCCCGCCGCCGCCCCGCGCAUGGAGGAGCUCGACCACCUCGUCCUGCUGGGGCUCAUGACCGUCCUCUUCACCGUCUGCUCCCUGCCGCUCAUCAUCCGAGCCUACAUGGGGGCUUUUGCCGCCGAUUUCAACGAGAACGCCGACCUGAGCGCGCUGCGCUUCCUCUCCGUCAACUCCAUCGUGGACCCCUGGGUCUUCAUCAUCUUCCGCACCUCCGUCUUCCGCGGCUUCGUGCGCCGGGUCUGCCGCAGGCUCGGCUCCCGCAGAGCGUCUCUGAAAGGCUCCAGCCCUGCUGGUGACGGCCAGUUCUGUCCCCCGGGCUGGCGCGGGACAGAUCCCCCGCGGCUCGGCACCCCCUGAGCGCGGCGCCGCUGCGAAGCCGGCGGCUGCUGGCGAGGAUGAGGAGCGAGCCUUCGGCCCCGCAUCCCUGCCCUGGAGCAUCCCGAGGCGGCACAGGGCGGUGGCAGGCGGGGACAGCGUCCAGCUCGCUGCGAGGGACGCUGUGAAGGGUUUCUGUCCCCUCCCCAGGCUGCGUUUUGCCCCGGAGAGGAUCUGGGAUCCCCGGGGAUUUGGGGAUAUUCCGAGCAGCGGCGCUCUGCGGAGGGUGCGGGGAGAGCCCGGCUCCAGGAAGGCAGAAGGGCUUUGGAGUGUGGUUCAGGGCAGUGGGGACGCACAGGGAGAAGUGUAGGUGCGUCCCCAUGGAAUAAAAGUGGUUCAGUGUU